CUCGUCGUGUUCAAAAACUCUGCAAGAUUCGCAGAAAAUUUCAGUCAUUCACGACAUCAAGUGCUAGUGGUGAAGAAGUGUGUUGUUCAGUGUGGUACAAGUACCCGAAAAAGUUGCUAGCAAAAUGGCGUCAAUACUGCGAAAAUCCAGCCUGGUUUUGGCCGAUCUGGCGGCCAAGUCAUCCCCGAGGGUUUUGGGAAGCGCCGGUCAGAGACGCCACUUGAAUGUACAAGAGCACAUUUCGUACACCUUUCUAAAUGAGGCAGGAAUUCCAACGCCAAAAUUCGGUGUCGCUUCGACCGCCCAAGAAGCCAACAAAAUAGCCAAGGACUUGAACACGAAAAACUUAGUACUCAAGGCCCAGGUACUAGCCGGCGGUCGUGGAAAGGGUACCUUCAAAAAUGGACUCAAAGGAGGAGUGCGAGUCGUUUUUUCGCCACAAGAAGCCAGUGACAUUUCCGGCAAAAUGCUCAACCAACUGUUGGUUACCAAACAAACCGGUGCCGCUGGUCGUAUUUGCAAUUCGGUGAUGGUAGCAGAGCGAAAGUUCCCCCGACGCGAGUUCUAUUUCGCUGUAAUGAUGGAGCGUGCGUUCAAUGGCCCGGUUCUAAUCGCCUCUUCUCAGGGUGGUGUUAACAUUGAAGAAGUAGCUGCGGAGAACCCGGAUGCUAUUGUCUACGAACCCAUCGAUAUUAACACUGGACUGCAAAAAGCGCAAGCGUUGGCUAUCGCUAAAAAAGUGGGACUCGCGGAUAAUGCCGAAGAAACUGCGAAAAUGCUUCUGAACAUGUACGAUCUGUUUGUCAAGAAGGACGCUCUUUUAAUUGAAAUCAAUCCUUAUGCCGAAGAUGCCGGUGAAACCUACUUCGCCCUGGACGCCAAGAUGCGCUUCGAUGACAACGCCGAGUUCCGCCAGAAGGAUCUAUUCGCAAAACGUGAUCUGUCCCAAGAGGACCAAAAAGAGGUCGAAGCAUCAAAGUUUGAUCUGAAUUACAUCGCACUGGAUGGUUCUAUUGGGUGUCUAGUGAAUGGUGCUGGAUUAGCCAUGGCAACAAUGGACAUCAUCAAACUGCACGGCGGCGACCCGGCCAACUUUCUCGAUGUUGGUGGCGGUGCAAGUGUGAAGGCCGUCAAGGAGGCAUUUAAAAUUAUCACCUCCGAUCCGAAGGUACAUGCCAUUCUGGUUAACAUUUUUGGUGGUAUCAUGAGAUGUGACGUCAUCGCGGAGGGUAUUAUUCAAGCUACUAAAGAACUAAAUAUUAAGAUGCCCAUCAUUGUGAGAUUACAGGGCACCAACGUCAACGAAGCCAAGGAGUUGAUCAAGAAGUCCAAGUUGCGCAUCCUGCCGAAAGACGAUUUGGACGAAGCUGCAAUGUUGUCCGUCCAUCUGUCACAGAUUGUGCAUUUGGCCCGCGAAGCUCAUUUAGAUGUUAGCUUUGAACUUCCUGAAAGCUAUGUUCACUAAAUCGUCUAAAUACGUACUCAAUCAUCCCCUUUCAUUAUUUUCGAUGCAAAAGUUUGAAGCAAGCAGGCAAGCUUCGUCUCGAGCCUGAUGCUGAUAAAAAGAAACAACUACGCCUUACAUCCCAAAAAGCGCAAAUGUUUCCUUAUCUCAAUUGUUCAAGUUAUCCAAGAGCCCUUAUUUAUUUAAGUUCAAACUCUAAUUCUCCAGAGUCAUUGUUGAGUUAUUUUAGUCAAUUCUAGUGGAACCGAGACUUAGACAGUCACUGGUAACAAACUAAGUUAAAUGUGUUGAUCAACCCGGAUUGAAAUUCAAACAAGAGAUCCUAUACCAAACGCGGCCGACGGACGUUUGGUAUAUACAUAGCGACAAACUAGUAAACGUUAACUAGGAACCUAACGAAAAUAGAUAUGUGUUAUUCACUGCACCAGCCUAUUCAAUGCACCAAAUCAACACAAACGACUACUCUUCAUAUGGCUAAAAAAUAUGACCGUCUAUAUCUCUACCCCUCGUUUGUUUUACUGUCUGCUAGAUGGUUAUAGGUAUUUGACAUCGAAAUUUUGAGAAAAAUAACACCUUAUUCUACGCUAGUAUAUUUUAUUUUGUUCGUCGAUUAUCCAAACUAGGAAAAGUUUCUGUUUUUAUAACAUUUCCUUUAAUCGCAUGUUUCGAAUAGAAAAGGUCGCGUAAUGAUUUUUAAUUUUUAGAGUGUUGCUUUUGCUUCCGGUUUUCGAGUUCAUCUACUUUUUUUUAAUUUACUGUGGUGAGAAUAUAAAAAGCAUAUGUAAGUUGAAAAUGUAAAACUAAAUCAUUCGCGGGCCUUAAACUCUAGCAAUGCCAAUAUACAAUGGUGCGAUCGAUUGGACUAACUAUUGGAAGCGUGUAUACCUACAUGUGUUUUGAAAAUUUUGUAUAUUUAUUUAAAUAAGCCAAUUGUAAAGUUGUUACGGAGCGAAUAACGAAAAUAAAAAUAAAAUGAAAUAUGAAAGCAAA